GGACCGACUAUCCAGGUGAAGACGUUGAAGGUGAAGACUAGUAGCCCCGCUAUGUUGCUUGGGAAACAAAUGAUUCCGAAAAUUUUCGAAGAACACACAGAUCAAGGAGCUACAACAGUCAAGAGCCAAGAGUCUGAGCGUGAAGAUGAACAACAAGUUGAAGCUCCUCCUGAACAGCAAGUUGUAGAGGGAACAACUACUCGCAGUCAACAGAGCCUCAACAAGAGAGAGCUGCCUUUGCCUUUGGAGCUUCAUGGUCCUUAUCUACACGGUUCUGGUUUCGAUAGUAUAAAUGCAGAAAGCGCUAAUCUUGUUGCGUUUAAUCCGGAGUUGCCAACAAGGAUUCCUCAUAGGAGAAAGCUACAAGGAGUUCUUCAGGAUUAUCGGACAAAUAGACUACUAGAAGAAGUACAACAAGACCAAAAGAACUACAGGGAACAUCAGCAUCAACAAGGUCAACAUUCAUCAUCAAGCAUCAAAAAUCCUUGGAACUCAAAAAGUACUUUCGUGUCGGAGUUUGGCGCAGUUACAAUGAGUAGCUUCGAGAGCUUGCGAGAUUUGUUGAAGCCUGAGCAUUGGUCUCUUACUGGUGGCAGUGGAAACAAGGAGUCAGCACCUAAAACGGUCUGCGACACUUCCGAUCGCAACAGACCUUUCUGCACAGGCGAUAACCCAAUGGCGCAACGAAACUAUCCAUGUCAGAGUUUUCUGGAUGUCUAUUUUCUUGGUACCAGCGCUAACAACGAGAACGACGUGAAGAACAACUACAAGAACGACCUAAAAUUCACAUUCCAACGCGACCUGUACUCCUGUAUGCUAGGGCAAGCCCUUCUUGUCAAAGCAUGGAUCGAGAGAAUGCGCGUGCAGGAGAAACAUUUUGGCCUACUUUUGUGGCAACUAAACGAUAUUUGGCCCUCAGGAUCCUGGGGAUCGAUUGAAGCUACAGUACCCUUUUAUAGCACUAGUGCUACACCAGAGCGGCCGGGCGUCGAGACGUCGAUAAGAGAUAGAGC